AUGGAUAUAGCGCAAUCUCUCGGGGAGAACGACUCCAACCAGCCCAUCCGCUGCAUCGACAUGCACACCACCGGAGAACCCACCCGCAUCGUGUACUCCGGGUUCCCACCACUGUCAGGGACUCUCCUUGAGCAACGAGACCAGGCCAAACAGCAGCAGGACCACAUCCGCAAACGCCUGAUGCUCGAACCCCGCGGUCACAACGGGAUGUACGGCGCCAUCAUCCGCCCCGAGACCGAACUUGUGUCUUCCGGAGCCGCCCACAUCGGGGUCCUCUUCAUCCACAACGAAGGGUUUUCGACUAUGUGCGGACACGCAACCAUCGCACUGGGUCGAUUCCUCGUCGACACGCACGACCACACUGUAUUCCCGCACAGUCAAACUAAACAUUCACGCCCCUGCGGUCUGGUGCGCGUGACGGUCCCCGUCACGGCUGAUGGGCGAAAAUCCGAUCCCUCACGGCCGGUGGCGUUCUUAUCCACGCCUGCGUUUGCAACACGCAUUCAGAUGGCGGUCCCCAUCGCGCCAGAGAUCCGAUGGCCUGAGCUGAGGCGCAGAGACUCCAUCGUGCUGGACGUCAGCUACGGCGGCGCAUUCUACGCCAUUGUCCAGGCAAGGGAGCUCGGAUUCAGCGGUGGGUUGCGGGAUCUUGACCUCGAUGCGGUGACGAGCUGUGUUCAGAAGCUCAAACCGUAUCUCAUGAGUCUGCCGGAGGUUCAGGCUGCGGUUCGGUAUCCGCACGACCAGCGCUUAUCGUUCCUCUACUCGGUGAUGGUUGUGGACGACACGCUUGGGUUUCAAACGGAUGAUGUGCAAGGCACGGAGACGGGUCUGUGCUACUUUGCAGAGAAUCAGAUCGACCGAUCGCCGACGGGGUCGUGUGUGACCGCACGGAUGGCACUCGCUUGUGCAAAGGGGGUAAGGUCUCUGGCUCAGCGCUGGGUGUAUAACUCCUUGGUUUCGAAUCAUUUCGGGGCAGGAGUUUUUAGCGCUGAGAUUGUGGAGGAACUGACUAUUGAUGGAGUAGAUGAUGGGGGUCUAAAUGCAGUCAUUGUCCAGGUUGAAGGUCAAGCAUUCUAUACCGGGGCAUCAGUGUUUGUGGUGGAGAAUGAGGAUAGAAUAUCGUCAAGCGGGUUUACAAUGGAGAAGGUUGCCCUUGGCCCGAGUAUGAACUCUUAG